CCACUAUCCAGGAUUGGAAUUGCAACGCCGAAUAAAAUGACUCCUCCAUCUGCGGCCCAGUGUAUCAGGACCACAGCAAAGCGCGUUCGAGCCUCACAACUGAUCACAACUAAGUGCAUCCCCGGUAUCAUCCAUACAAGAUACUUCUCCCGUCUACCUUGCUCAACCCCAGCCCCAGAACUCAACACACACCUCAAGAACGACGGCUGCAUAGUCCUCACCCAAAUGUUCCCACCCUCCCAAAUCUCCCUUCUAAACACCGACUUCCACCAAGCCCUCGCCACAACCACCCCAGGAAGACCCGCAAACCCCAAUAAAGCACCCCUCCCAAAUUCCCUCGACGCUCAAACAUUCGGUAAAAACACAAAACGUAUAGGGAACCUCAUCAAUCUGAGCCCCGCCUUCCGAGAUCACGUCAUUACAAAUCCCACUCUGCACGACCUCUGCAGCGAGAUCUUCAAGGAAACAGGGGAUUACUGGCUCAGCACCGCUCAGAUGAUUGAACUCGGACCGGGGAGUAAAGCACAGCCACUUCACGCUGAUGGCGCGGGGUGGUGGCCGUUUUGGACAAUGGCGGAUACAGAAAAAGAAGGAGUGUUGUGGCGUCCAGAAUACGCGGUCAAUUUUCUGAUUGCGAUGACGGAUACUACGGUUGAUAACGGCGCUACUGGUGUUGUUCGAGGAAGUCAUAAGAUCAGAUAUACUCCGGAUGUACUUAAUAACCCUGACUUCGAUGCUUGGAAGUUUCCAGACGACCGGGUAGAACAAGUAGAGUUGGCAGCUGGGGAUUGUUUGUUAUUGGGCAGCAGGAUUGUGCAUAGGGGGGAAGAAAAUAAGACGGUGGGGGAGAAGAGGGGGUUGUUGAGUUGUACGGUUGUUAGUGCGAGUCUUACGCCUGAUGAGGCGUUUCCAUUGGUUAUGGAGGCUGAGGCGAGGGAGGCAGUGAAAGGGUUGGAUGAGAGGGCGAAGAAGUUUGUGGGAUUGAGGGAUAUGAACAUGGCAAUUGGAGAGGGGGUUUGGCAGGAUUUCCGGAUUGGCGGGUUGAAGACAUGCUUGGUAAUAUGAG